CGCGCCCUCUUCCUAUCUUCACCCAAUAAAGGAAUCUCAUAGUACCAUCCCCAUAUCCAACCGUAGAUAUUGUUUCUCCACUCUACUUAGCCAGCCAGCUCCUCGUCAGUACUUACCUUGUCUUUCAACCAAUACCUCUCUCCCCUUCUCUCUUUCUCUGCUUCACAUCUUCAAGCUUUCAACAACACCACCGUCGUUCAAGAUAGGCAGAGAGGUCGAUAUAUAGAAAGUAAGGAUGUUAACAGCUCCAUAUGAACUGCCGGAUUGUUUAUAUGCAACACAACCAACACUAAUCCGCCCAAACACGCCAACUCCCAAGCAUUGCCUCCCUCUCUCCAAUCUCGAUGACCAGAAGUUUCUCCGAUUCUCGAUCAAAUAUCUCUACCUCUUCAAAACUUCUGUCAACUUAGACGCCAUGAAAUAUGCCCUCUCUAAACUCCUGGUCCUCUACUACCCAUUGGCCGGGAGGUUGAGGACCAGCCCUGACCAUGAUCAGAAGCUCGAGGUCGACUGCAAUGGAGAGGGUGCUGUCUUUGCUGAGGCCUUCAUGGAUAUCACUGCUGACCAGUUUCUUCAGCUUUCAGAGAAGCCAAACAGGUCUUGGAAGAAACUCUUGUACAAGGUCGAAGGAGCUCUCACUUUCUUGGAUGUUCCUCCUCUUGUUGUUCAGGUCACGAAUCUCCGCUUUGGUGGUAUGAUCCUCUGCACCGCAAUCAAUCACUGCUUAUGCGACGGCAUUGGCACGUCACAGUUUUUACAAGCCUGGGCCCACCUAACAGCCAAACCAGAUCUUGCUCCACCAAUCUCACCCGUCCAUUCUCGCCACGUGCUGAAAUCCCGUACUCCUCCAAAGGUAACCUUCCCUCACCCCCAGUUUACCAUGAAUAGGGACAAGAGCCACGUGGACGUCCUGAGAUUCCUCCAAUCUCAGCCGCUCGUCCCCACAUCCUUAACCUUCACCCACUCUCAUAUCCUUCACCUCAAGCGCCAGUGCGUACCCUCGCUAAAAUGCACAGCUUUCGAAGCCCUAGCCUCGCACACGUGGCGCUCCUGGGUUAGGUCCUUGGAUCUGUCACCCUCCCUCAACAUAAAGCUCCUCUUCUCGGUUAACGUCCGGCGAAGGCUAAAUCCGGAAAUUCCACCAGCUUAUUACGGUAACGGCUUCGUGCUAGGAUGCGCACAAACCACCGUGGAGGACCUGGUCUCUGCUAACCUGCAGCACGGCGUGAAGUUGGUCCAACAAGCCAAGGCAGAGCUUAGUGACGAUUACGUGAGGUCUAUGGUUGAUUUGUUGGAGGACAAAACGGUAAAAACGGAUCUGUCGACGAGUUUGGUUAUAUCACAGUGGGCUAAGCUAGGGUUAGAGGAGUUGGAUUUUGGAGAUGGAAAGGCGCUGCACAUGGGUCCGGUAACAAGUGAUGUUUACUGCCUGUUUUUACCGGUUAUCGGAGAUUCAGGUGCGGUGAGAGUGCUGGUGUCGGUGCCGGAGAGAGUGGCGGAGAAAUUUGGAUAUUGCAUGACUGAGUUUUUGGACAAAGAGGUGAUCAACAAUGGAGAUGAACAUCAUGCUAUUAAUGGUUAUCAUGCAGCAGACAAUGGAAUUAUGGAAUAUUAAGUACUGUUUGAUGAAUUCUUUUUUUUUUUUUCUUUUUCUUUUUUCAUUUUCUGUUUCACUGCUCCCAGCCAAUAUAUAUAGGUAUCAUAAUGGGAGCAGCUCACUGUGACCGGAGUUCUUAUUAUUGUAACCUAAUGACUGACAAGUUUUGAAUUUAUUUGUUAAUUUUCAUGGAUUAAUCUAAUUAAAACUGACUUAAAUUGAUUAUGAAU